UUAAAUCCUGGGUCACGCGCACGGCUACAGGCAGCUGGUUGUCGAGCGGUUUGAAAACAGCGCCGUUAAUUCCUCAGGAUUCCCUGUUUGCGCUGUACGAAGUUAAUCAUUCCUCUCAGGGAAGUAUUUUUUUUUGGCCUUUUGUUUGUUUUGUAACUUUUCUGUCAUGGACCAAAUGUCAGUGACGCUGCUGUGAAAUGAAAUGAAAGAGGAAGUGAAAGUUAGAGCAGUUGACUGGACGUCAAACAGAAAGAGAGAAGACUCAGAUAGUAAACUUUGAAGUUGCUCCAUAAGUGAAGGUACCCAUUUACAUCUUCUGGCCUGGACAACAUGGCAUCAACAGAUAAUGUGUACUUCAUUUUAACAAAAAACCCUGAAUACAGUUACAGCUGCAAAGCUGGGGGUAUUUUUUACAUGUCUGAACAUAAGUACAAAUUGGAAAGCAAGAAAUCUUCCCCUGCAUUAAAGUUGACAGUUGUCUCAGUAAACUCAGGCAUUGGAAUACCGCGUGACUUAGAGGCCAGCAACUUGGAGAGGCUCAGUGUCGAUGAAGUUGAGCUGCUGCAGGCCCUGUCUGAUGAUGCUGAGAGGCUGAAAUGGUUCAGGGAGAAAGUUGCUCUCCAAACAGCAAGACCACUUGAUAAGGGUGCUGCAGUGACUGUGGAGGAAGAUGGGAAGAAGCUCAGAGGCAUCAUUCGUUAUAUUGGACCAAUCAUUGAGAAAUCUCGUUUCCAUCCCAUCCCAGGAGUGUUUUUUGGAAUAGAACUACAGGAACCAGACAGAGGGAAGGGCAAUACUGAUGGGAAGUAUCAGCAGAAAAGAUUUUUCCAGUGUGAGAAAGACUGUGGCAUUUUUGCCCCAUUCAACAGAGUUAUCCCUGUAUCACAGUCUAUGCAUGAGCCCUCCUCACAAACAGAAGAGCUACAGUUGGGAGACAGAGUGACUUACUUCAUCAAUAAUAAAUGCCGCCAUGGAAUGGUGCUGGAUUUACUGGACAUAGACGGGCAACAGUUUGUUCAGAUCUCCACAGACAAAGAUGAAUCUGGUAAGACAGGUGGUGAAGUUAAAGUUCCAUUAGACAUGGUCGCCAAAGGAGAGGUGCCUGCAGAGCCAGACAAAAUGGAUGUUGACACACCCCUGGAGACUGACACAGAUGAUCUGUAUACGGGUCUGAGUUUGAACUCUAUGGUAGAAGUGACUCUGGGUACACGCACCGCAUAUGGCAUUGUUCGCUGGAUCGGCAAUCUGCCUGAUCGAAGUGAAACUAUGGUUGGUUUAGAACUGGAGGAAGAUAUAGGAGUGAGUGAUGGUACCUUCAAAAACCAGCGUUAUUUCACAUGCCUUUGGAAGAGAGCCCUGUUUGUGAAGAUGAGCUCAUGCCGUCCUGACUCACGCUUUCAGAGCGUGUCAACCAGUCACAAUGAGAAAAUGCAGGUGGAGGACACCGUGGAUCAAACAGACCACAGUACAGAUGAGUUGCAGACUGUUCCACCUAUCAGCACAGAGCAAGUUAAUCAGCUUCUCAUUGGACGAAUGAGGGGGAUUCAAGGACACUGUAACUCCUGCUACAUGGAUGCUGCCCUCUUCGGUUUGUUCUCCUGCUCCUCCGUGUUGGACUCCAUGUUGUUCAAAUCAACAACACCUCAAGAUGCCCCAAUUCAGAAAACACUGCUCAGUGACAUAGUCAACCCCCUCCGCAGUAAGGGCUUUGUAGAAGCAAGGCACGUCAUGAAGCUUCGACAGCAGCUGCAGAAACACGGCUACAGCAAGUCGUUCACCACAGAUGAGAAGGAUCCAGAGGAGUUCCUCAGUGUCAUCAUGCACCAUAUUCUUGCCCUGGACCCUCUGCUAAAACUAUCAGCUGCAGGUAAAGUGCAGGAGAGUUACUGCUAUCAGAUUUUCCUGGACCAGAACCACAGCCUGGUUCUGCCUACAGUGCAGCAGCUACUGGAACAUUCCUUCCACAGUGCAGGACUCAAGCUGGCUGAGGUCCCAUCCUGCCUCAUCCUCCAGAUGCCUCGCUUUGGGAAGAAAUUCAAGAUGUUUGACAAAAUUAUUCCCUCUCUGGAGCUAGACAUCACUGACCUCCUCUCUGAAGGUCCCCAGCAGUGUAUACUGUGUGGAACCCUGGCACGGGUUGAGUGCAUCGACUGUUUUAAAGAUCCCGUUUUCAGCCCGACGGGAUUCAAAGUCUUCUGCAGGAAGUGUUGGGAACAGGUGCACUGUCAUUCUCAGCGACGCAACCAUAAACCAGUGACUCUGGAAAUCCCAGAGGGUUACAUUGGUCGUAAAAAUCCUCACACUAUCACCAGAGACAAACUGGAACUGUUUGCUGUGCUCUGCAUCGAGACAAGCCACUACGUGUCCUUUGUCAAAUAUGGACCAAACUCUGAGGACUGGAUCUUUUUUGACAGCAUGGCAGACAGACAAGGAGAGAUGGAUGGCUUCAACAUCCCAGAGGUACAGGCUUGCCCAGAGGUCGGCAAAUACCUGGAAAUGUCUCCCGCUGAGCUAGCCAAUCAGGCGCCUCGAGAUAUGAAAGGCGUAGCAAAGCGUCUCUUCUGUGAUGCCUACAUGUACCUGUACCAAAGCACCACCAUGUGCCUCUAUCGCUGAUGGGACUUCACCACACAGGAAAACACUUUUUUUUUUUUUUUGCUGCUCCUAGAAUUUCCUUUGCUGGAUUAAUUUUCCUUUCUUUUUUAUAAAUAUGCAAACAUUUAAGAUGUGUGUGUGUGUGUGUGUGUGUGUGGUGCUCGGGUCCUGGAAAUAAUUUAUAGCAACAUUAAUUUUCUAGUGUUGCAUUGAGAGGAUAAACUUAAAUUGCUUUCUAAGUAAUUUUGCACUAUAAUCUGAAGAAAAUAACUGGCUUGUGGUGGACAUGAAAUACAUAUUGCACUGUAAUAAUAGUGUUUUGUAAUUUACUGCAAAGCUUUCAUUUUAUUUACAGCUUGUAUAUUGAGAGUAGACAGUACUAAUGAUUCAGUUUGGCUCAUUAUAAAAGCUAAUUCACCAACUCAAUUUUAAAAGCUUAUAUUAUUUUGGAUGUUAGCUGGAUUCUUUAUAAAUUUAUAUUUCACACCAGAAAUUGUGUUUAUUCUUGACAUGAAAUUUGUGUUGGCAACCUAAGAGACAUGAUGUUUGGGGUCAUAUCACAAUGGAACACUGUACCUUUGACCUUUUCCAUUUUUACUGUGUUUAUUGACUGGUUGUCGAGCGUCUCCUCUAACUGGCCGUUAGAGGAGACGCUGUUUUUGGCACUUUUCACGUUGGUUUUUCAGUCCCAGUUGUUGCCCCUCAAUAUAGUUUCAUCUCUCAUUUUCUUAAGUGCAGCCUUGGUGUAAAAAAACACACUUCCAUGUUCAAGUUAAAAAUAUUUCCACUUGCGUUUCCUCCUCCCAAAGGCAAACUUUCAUGUACUCAUGUUGAGUGCAGUUCUUUUUGUUUUUGUUCCCCCCCCCACUUUGAGUCUGAUAAGAUAAUCUCAUAGGAUCUAGGAUCCUUUUUUACAUAUUACACAAUGUUUACUUGUGUUGUUUCUUAAAUGAUUCUUUUCAUGCAAUAAAGAGAUCACUUUUGUCUCAUCAAACAUGCUUUUCUUUCUGAUUUCAGUGCUGUUGGUGUUACUUUUGGGGGGGGGGCAGUGGAACACAGAACAAGCAGCAGAUUAACUGUUGGUCAGAUCCUCACUGGAACCUAGAAUGUCUGUUAAUGUACGUACAUGUACAACAAAAUGGGGCUUUUGUUGGCCUUGAAGUGUACUUGGGAGUCACACCAACCUCCGCUUGAUCAGUCCAGCG